AUGACGGAAGCCCAACGCUUCGGCAAACCAUUUCAGUACACUCUCAAGGACUACCAGUCAACCAACCGGCUUUUCCAGACACUCGUCUUUUGUGUGAGGGACUUUCGGAAUCCAGAAGAAUAUGGCUAUGGCGAGGAUGGCGGGACCAAGUUCUUACAGCAAGUUCUCAAGGUCAGUGCUGAUCAACCCGAAGAAAUUCGUAGUGUUCGGGAACAACUGUCCGAUUGUUUUGAGCAAAUAUUGUGUUUCCUUCUCCCCUACCCCGGCUAUCGCGUUGCCGAGAGGCAAUCGUUUAGGGGCCAUGUGAAAGACUUGCGGCCGAUUUUUCGGGAAGAAAUGAAGAAGAUGGUUCCUGCCUUGCUGAAUCCUCACGCCCUUCAACCGAAAUACAUUAACGGGAAACCGGUCACUUGUCGGAAACUCGUGCAGUACUUCAAGGAAUAUGUGAAUUCGUUUGACGGAAACACUGUACCUGUGGCAAACAGUAUUCUGAACGCAAAUGCAAAGUUGAUAUGCAUUGAAGCAGCUCACGAAGCCAAAGUUGCUUACUGUCGGGGAAUGGAUCGAGUCAGUCGCUUUAAAAUUCUUUUAUGUUUAUAG